AUGGGUAGCACCGCGAAGCCAUGGGUCGACGGACCUUUCAAGCUUAUCGAUCCCUCAAAAUCAGGAGACGCGAAAGGGAAAACACUCACCGGUCUCAGAUCCCUUGCAGCUGGCAUGUCCAAAAUUCACAACUGCAUCAUCCGUGGUGCCAACGCAAUAUACAACCAAGCUGCCAAUGUGUCUGCCCGCGGCACAGCCCAAGAUAAAUCUGACUUUGUCAACUUUGCAUACCAAUGGGCUCUCAUGUUGGAAGAGCACCACGAUGGAGAAGAGGAAGUCUUCUUUCCGGAAAUGAACGAAAAAGCCGGCGUUCCGGGCCUUAUGGACGGUAAUGUAGCUGAGCAUGCUGUCUUUCAUGAUGGGCUAGUCGCGUAUAAGACGUACUUGGAGAGUGUGCGUGCCAAAAAGGAGGAAUUUGAUGGCGAGAAAUUAAAGGGUAUCAUGGACGGGUUUAUGCCGGAUUUGCAGACGCAUCUGCAUAACGAGAUUGAUACGCUGGUUGAUAUGGUCAAGUAUGAGGAUAAAUGUGAUUGGGUGGCCUGGUUUGAUAGCAGGAUGGGUGGCAUGAUGAGGGAGCAUAUGAAGAGUGGAGAAUACAGGACGACGAUGGCGCCUUUGGUGAUUAUUUUCCACGACAAGACGUACAUGGACGGCAUUUGGGCGCAGUUUCCGCCGAUUCCGUGGUUGGUGGGGUUUCUUAUGAGACUUUUGUGGUUGAAGAAGCAAUCCAAGCUCUCUCAGGAGCAGCUCGCGGAGCUCCAAAAGUCGACUCACUUUGAUAAGAAGGAGCUGCAGCAAUGGUACAAGGGCUUCCUCAAGGACUGUCCCUCGGGCAUGCUUAGCAAGGAGGAAUUCCAGAAGAUUUACCGACAGUUCUUCCCGUUUGGCGACCCAAGUUCAUUUGCCGACUAUGUAUUCAACGUGUUCGACAGUGACAAGUCUGGUAGUAUUGACUUCAAGGAGUUCAUCUGCGCCUUGAGUGUUACUAGCCGAGGAAAGAUGGAAGACAAAUUAGAUUGGGCUUUCCAGCUAUACGACAUAGACGGUGACGGAAAGAUUAGUUAUGACGAGAUGCUACAGAUUGUAGAGGCAAUCUACAAAAUGGUUGGUUCCAUGGUUAAACUCCCUGAAGACGAAGAUACCCCAGAGAAACGUGUACGCAAGAUUUUCCGCAUGAUGGAUAAGGACGAGAAUGGAUCUUUGGAUAUAGAAGAAUUCAAGGAGGGCAGCAAACGGGACGAGACAAUUGUAUCGGCGCUGUCUUUGUACGACGGGUUGGUGUAG